UUAACACGGAAAUUAAAGCGCGUUCGACACCUGGAGCCCCGGGAGGUCCUUGAAGUCCAGCGCGUCGAGCAUGUCCUUCGUGUCCGGGUCGACCUCCACAAAGUCCUGGUCGAUGGCCGAGACCUCGGGGACGAAGUCCAUGCGUCGUUCGCGCUCCUCCUCCUGGAGCUUGAGCGAGAUGCCGCGGACCGGGCCGCGCGCGAUGCGCUUCAUGAGGUGCGUCACGAAGCCCGCGAUUUUGUUGCGCAUGCGCUUCGACGGGACGACGGCGACCUCGUCACAAAUCCGCUUGUUCGUGUGGAAGUCGACGCCGAGCCGCGAGUAGUACUUCUCGACGAUGACGCGCGCCGACUUCUUGACCGUCUUCGUGCGGACGCCCAUCUUUGUAUCUGGGUCGUCGCUUUACUCCCGAUGUAUAUAGACCUGCGUGGACGGCGCGUUACUUUCAUGCCUCGCGGCGGCAGCGUCUGUCUGUCUCUCUUUCUCUUCCCCUCUCCGAUGCUGCCAGGUGCACCGGCCGCCGGCGCCGCUCCGGCCAGCGGGCCGCCGAGCGCUCGCACGACGACGUCUCGGGCGGGCGGCGGCCAGAGGCUCCCGCCAGCGAGCCGUGAGUCUUCCAGCCGUCGGUGAGUGCUGUCGGUGCACGCUGACGCCGCGACGGCGUGGCAGGACCGGCAGAUGGCGCCGCAGCCGCUUGUUUGGGCUGUGGCGAGCAAGCCAUCAAGCUCAGCGAUGCCAGCUCCGCCGGCUAAAUCCUCGCGGCAGCGGCCACCCAGGGUCUCGGGAGGCUUCAUAGUCAGUGUAAAUUCGUCUCGGACGCCGUAAGGAUGCCGUAAUUUGCGGCUUUUAAGUCGUGC